GUGGUGACCAGAGGAGAGGCCAAAAUGCAGCUAGCCUUCACCACCCUCUUCAUGCUGCUCUUUGUCCUGCUGUGUCUCCUGGGCAUCCUGGCCAAUGGCUUCAUUGUGCUGAUGCUGAGCAGAGAAUGGAGGCGGCUCGGGAGGCUGCUCCCUUCGGACAUGAUCAUCAUGAGCUUGGGCGCCUCCCGUUUCUUCCUGCAGCUGGUUGGAAUGGUGCACAACUUUUACUCCUUCUUCUACCUGGAGGAUUUCAGCAGCGGUCCUGCGCGGCAGCUCUUUGGUCUCCAAUGGGACUUCCUGAAUUCAUCCACCUACUGGUUCGGUACCUUGCUCAGUAUCCUCUUCUGCCUGAAGGUUGCUAACCUCACUCACCCUACCUUCCUCUGGAUGAAGUGGCGGUUCCCAGGGUCAGUGCCCUGGCUUCUGCUGGGCUCCCUCCUGAUCUCCACCGUCGUCACCCUGCUCUACUUUUGGGGAAACUACGCCGUGUAUCAUGGUUUUUUCAUCAGAGAAGUUUAUGAGAAUAUGACAUACACGGAGAGGGCCAUGAGGAUGGAAGUUCUCUACUUCCUACCCCUCAAAUUAGUCACACUGUCAAUUCCUUGCUCUGUUUUUCUGGCCUCGACUGCAUUGUUGAUUCAUUCUCUGAGGAGACACACUCGGACAAUGCGGCAAAGUGCCCACAGCCUGCAAGACGCCAGCAUCCAGGCUCACACCAGAGCUCUGAAGUCCCUCAUCUCCUUCCUCAUUCUUUACAUUCUGUCUUUCAUGUCCCUGAUCAUUGAUGCCAUAGGCUUCUUUUCAUCAGAGAGCGACUGGUUCUGGCCAUGGCAAAUUCUAACCUACAUGUGCACAUCUGUCCAUCCCUUUGUCAUCAUCCUCAGCAACCCCAGGCAUCGAGAGGUGUUCAAGCCGCUACUUCUGUUGGCCAGGGGCUUCUGGCUGGUCUAGGUGCCUUGGUCUCCUUAUUCUGAUCCCCAGAAGAGACUCAAGUGAGGAUGACAGAACUACGGCCCAUUUACAUGGAAAUAUCUUCAUAGGUAGAUGUCUACUGGAUCAUGCUUGGGCUCCUCCUUUGAAAGGAAAGAAGAAGAACAAAAUCGGGAACACUCUGACCAUGAUACCUCUCUUGGGACACUUAAAAUAGUCCAAGGGUCCCAGAGAGCCAAUAUUGUCCAGAAGGUCAUAAUACAAAAUUUUAUGCUAUUCUCUGUUUGUAUACUCUGUGUUGAGAGGAAGCCUUCAGUUAAAUGCCUUGAUUAAGUAUACUAUCUUAUCUUGAAAGCCUAAUUGAAAAUUAAGAAGAGAAAAAAUGUCCGCAACUGAAUUGGGGUGUAGAUGGGAAGCAGGAACCUUCGUGAGGAUAAUGUCAAGGUUACGAUUAUACUAAGGGACAGUUGUGGUAGACAGUGGCUGGGCUGUGAGAUCUAAAUGCUUUUCCUUUUGUGGAGAUUCUUUUCCUUCCACCAAGUUUGGGUAAUUUGGUUUUAAUUUUGUUAAAGCCACUGGAAAGUUUCUUUGCACUAACCCCAUCUCUUUCUUAAUUGAUAUUUUCAUU